UCCGAGGAGGAACCGAUUGAAGUUGUACCGUCUCCGUCUGUCUCAGGCUCGUGACCCUGUGGGACGUUAUUUAUUUAUUUAUAUAUUUUUGAUCACUGUUAAAAUGGGACCGGUUCUUGUCUUCCUCGUCCUCUGCGCGAGUCUCGCUGUCCCGCAUCUUGCGAAAGCAGCAGAGGGGAAGGAUCCACCUCCAGGACCCUGCCACCCGAACCCCUGCCACAAUGGAGGCAUUUGUGAAAUCAGUGAGACCUACAGGGGCGACACAUUCAUCGGUUAUGUCUGCAAGUGUGCGCCUGGCUUUAACGGCAUCCACUGCCAGCACAAUGUCAAUGAAUGUGAAAGGGAUCCAUGUAAAAAUGGAGGAAUCUGUACGGAUUUGGUGGCCAACUAUUCCUGUGAAUGCCCAGGCGAAUACAUGGGAAGAAACUGUCAGUAUAAAUGCUCUGGCCCACUCGGUAUGGAAGGAGGCAUCAUCUCCAACCAGCAGAUCACCGCCUCCUCCACCCACCGUGCUCUCUUUGGUCUGCAGAAGUGGUACCCCUACUUCGCUCGCCUCAACAAAAAGGGACUGGUGAACGCCUGGACAGCUGCCGAAAAUGACAGAUGGCCCUGGAUCCAGAUAAACCUGCAGAGAAGGAUGCGGGUCACAGGCCUGAUAACCCAAGGGGCCAAGCGGAUUGGGAGCCCUGAGUACGUCAAAUCGUACAAAGUGGCCUCCAGCGACGACGGAAAGACAUGGAGGACGUACAAAGUCAAGGGCACGGAUGAGGAUAUGAUAUUCCGGGGCAACAUCGAUAACAACACUCCCUCGGCCAACUCGUUCACUCCCCCUAUCGAGGCUCAGUAUGUGAGGAUCUACCCGCAAGUCUGCAGGAGACACUGCACUCUGCGCAUGGAGCUCCUGGGCUGUGAACUUACAGGUUGCUCAGAGCCUCUGGGCAUGAAGUCUGGCCAUAUACAGGACUACCAGAUCACAGCAUCCAGCACUUUCCGAACCCUCAACAUGGACAUGUUUACCUGGGAGCCCAGCAAAGCCCGUCUGGACAAGCAGGGAAAGGUCAAUGCCUGGACAGCUGGACAUAGUGAUCAGUCUCAGUGGCUACAGGUGGACAUGCUUGUUCCAACCAAAAUCACAGGUAUCAUUACCCAGGGGGCGAAAGAUUUUGGCCAUGUGCAGUUUGUGGGCUCAUAUAAGCUUGCUUUCAGCAACGACGGCGAAAGAUGGCACAUAUAUCAGGAUGAAAAACAGAAGAAAGAUAAGGUAUUUCAAGGAAACUUUGAUAACGACACACACAGGAAAAACGUGAUUGAUCCUCCCAUCUAUACCCGCUUCAUCCGGAUCCUUCCAUGGUCAUGGUAUGGGAGGAUCACUCUGCGUGCAGAAGUACUUGGAUGCACGGAGGAAGAGUAAAAAUCCCCAGAUCCCACUUUUUUUUUCUCGCUUGGUACACUUCAGUACCAGUUUCAGAUUCAGUAUAAACUUUGCUCGAGCUGUAUAGCGGAUAUCAAUUUCCAGUAGAGUUUGCUUUUUUGUUUUUCAAAAUGGUUUGGAGGUGCAUAUUGGGGGUGCGAGUGGUUGCUGUUUUAUGUUUUGUACACUAAAUUCCAACCCUACAAUUAUGUUUGUCAUCUUAAUUUCCUGUGCUUGGGGUCAUUUGGUUCAAGUUUAAGAUUUUGCCCUAUGUUUAUAGAGUCUUGUAAUUUCUGAUAGGAUUGAGGGAUUGGGGUUGGGUUUAUUUCACUGUGGCUAAAGCAGUGGGAUGUUAGCCACUGGAUGGGUCACUUUUAAACCAACACAAUAAAAAAAAUGAUAUACUAUGCUUCAUGGACCAUAAUCAAACAGCUUUAACUCAUAACUAAAACAAAAUUGAUAAAAUGUUUAAAGCACCACUACUAUAAUAGUAGAAUUUAUGUUUCCUGCUUUUCUGUUUUAUUUUAACACCUUAUCAAAAUUACAAUUACAUAAUACACUGAUGUUGUGUAGAGGAAAUAUGAUACUUGUAUUAUAUAUUAAACACUGAAUUACUGCAUGGUGCAUAAAUUAUAUUAGAAAUGUUAGGCAUCUAAUUCCCUUAACAUUGUAAUUUUGCUCCAUAUUAAACAUUUAUCACUUAAAUUAAUCACUUUGAAUCUGUUUUA